AUGAAAAUAAAAAAGCAACAUCGGAAGAAAAAAUACCUUCACAAACUAAAUAGGAAGAGAAUGCAUAUAAAACAACGUAGUACUGGUGAUGUAAAUUGCAAACCUCUAAAAGAUGCGUGGGAUUUCAAGAAAUCGACAUUGCGUAAUAUGAAGGAAAUGGGCCUUGCUAGCGACCCUAACAAAGUUAUUAAAAUACCUAAUUUUAAGCAAGAAAAAGUUAAAAUAGCUAAGAAAAUAGUCAACGAAGAUGAAUCAGACGAUGAUGAUGUUGAAGAAGAAAUAGUCCAGCUGGUGCCUAAAAAGGAAAUUGUUGAGAUAUUAGAAAAAGAAGCAAGAGCACCCAGGCAAAGGAGAUUCAUGUUACCAAAAGGGCAAGUAGAAUUUAUAACAUAUUUAUUAGACAAAUAUGGGCAUGAUUACAAAGCUAUGGCAAAAGAUAAAAAGAAUUAUUAUCAAGAAACCUGGAAACAACUCAGGGCAAAGGUUAAGACAUUCAUGGGUAUUCCAAAACAGUACAGUGAAUAUUUAGCUUCUAAAGGGCUUUUAGACAAAGAGGAUAAUGAAGAAGAAUUGAAAGAACAAGCCAAAGCUUUGGUAAUGGACGAUGAUUAG